UGUUGACAUGCUUGUUCCCAAAGAAAUUGGUUGUAUAUAUACGUAUAUUGAAAAGGUCAACAUUCCCCAUAUACCGAUCAUUCAGAGCAUCAACCGUAAUUCACGCUUCUUCUAUCAACCAAGCCAUCAUCUGUCUCCCCCUCCUUCAUAUACCUUUCAUUUAGAGCAUUCAAUCCUUUGGUUUCUUCACAGCUUCCUCUUCUUUAAUGAAUUUUUUCUGAUCAAGACUGGUAAAAGCUUCAAUAAUUUAUGGCUACAAAGGGAAAGGAUGUUGGCUCGGCAGGGAAGGAGAAGAGGGGCACAUCCCCUUCAAAGCCUCUUCAAAGUGGCAGCACCCUCACUAAAAGAUGUCCCAAGCCAUCCAACCCUGACUCUACUGAUAAAGAUCUUUCAUCUGCAUCCCAAAAACAAAUUCCAAGCUAUCUCAGGCCUACCAUAAGCUCACAGAAUAUUAAGAAAGAAGACUGCACCCUUGGCCCCUCUGUCCACAGAAGAAGAUCCUUUGACAAGCCUCCAUCCCCUUCUCAAAUACAGAAAGCACUUCUCUCUCCCAGUGGUAGAGAUAGAGCAGUUAGAUCUUCUUCUGUGACACCAGCUAAGCCCACUACUGCACCAAAGCCAAUCUCAGAUAGGACCUCAAAGACACCUAGGGUGGUAAAGUCUCAGACAUCGGUAAUAAAAUCAGCAAGCACAAAGAAGACCUCCAGUAACCCACCCACCAAGAAAGAAGCCAGUGCCUCAUCAGCCUCAGCGAAAAAAGCUCCAACCGUUGCUGAUACAGCUGAAAAACUCAACAAUGAAUCCGAACAAGAAGAUCAGGAAUCGUUGGUUCAUGUUGUUCAAGAAGUGGAAGUGAAGGAUAUUGAUAAUGGGGUAGAAAUCCCCUCAGAUUCAUCACAUUUUGAUGUUGAAAAUAGUACUGAACCUGACAGUGAUCAAGAUGAGAAGCUCAAGCCUUGUGAAACUUCUACAGUUCCAGAAAAUCAAGAUUCAUCUACAGCAGCCGGCCCUGAAGAAAGCACUGAAGAUAAAAUUGAUGACCAAGAAAGUAAAGAUGAAAUCAAUAGCAGUCAGCCAGAAGAAAACUCUGCAGGUGAGCCUAAGGUAGAAGCCCAAGACAAGCAAGGGGAGGAGGAUGCAACUGAAAAUCCCAUUACAAAGGAAGGGGAUGCACCAUCUACUGAAGAUUCUGGAGAUGAUCAGAACAAGAACAAGGUUGAGGAGCAAGAGGGUGAUGAAGGAAGCCAGAAACAUGCUGAUGAGGGAAAGCAGGAGCAUGUAAAUGAGGAAAGACAGAAACAUGUUGUUGAGGAACAGAAGCCAGAAGCAGAAAAUGUGGCAUCGAAGCGACAAUCAGCUAACGGGAAGAAGGAUUCUCAGGUUUACAAUGAAGUUAUUGAGGAGACUGCAAGUAAGCUUCUGGAGAAGAGGAAAAACAAAGUGAGAGCACUGGUUGGGGCCUUUGAGACAGUCAUAUCCUUGCAAGAGCCUGAGGCUGAACAUUGAAGUGAAACGACUUCACUUGGAAUCAACUUAUCCUCCUCAGCUAAUUAACAUGGAUAUAUGGUUUUUAAUGUGAGAUUUGAUGAGGAACUUUGGUUUGAAAGACAUUUCUAUCAAAUUUGUGCGAUAUCAGACUUCCAGGAUGAAAAUCUUUCCAAUAAUGAUGUCAUGUGGAUGUGGAGGAUGCCAUAUUAUACAUGUUCGUUAACUUUCCCUGCAAUCAGUUUUUUUGUGUUGUAUUAACCACAUUCUAAUACACGAUUGGAACAUAUAGUAAUCUUCAAAACCUUCUAUUUCUUUUCU